CUGGGCUCCACAGCGGCAUCAGUCAACGAUCGUUCUCUGUGUUCUACGACGACAAAAAUAAAAAUAAAUAAAUAUGUUCAAGAAACCAAAAAUGAUUGUUUUCCAAGCCGUGAUGAUUUCCGUCAUCCUGGGCGUGGCUUGCGGCUCGCCGCUUAAAUCACCUAUCUUUAGAAGCCUGGCUCGUCCUCCCACACGGGUGGGAGUUCCCCAAGUCAGAAGUGAUGAUGUGAGCGCCGUUGUGCUAUCCCGAACGGAUGAUGUGCGCCCCGAUGGAUUCGACACAAGCCUGGAGACCUCCAAUUCUAUCCGUGGCGCCGCCAGCGGCGAUGCUUACGGCAACAUCCACGGCUCCUUCGGCUGGGUCUCGCCCGAAGGUGUGCCCGUCUCUCUAACGUAUGUCGCCGAUGAGAACGGUUAUCAGCCACAGGGCGACGCUCUGCCCACUCCCCCACCAGUGCCAAUCGAAAUCCAGCGCGCUCUGGCUUAUAUUGCUGCACAUCCUCCAGCACCCGAGGGCCAAAUUGUGAGGAAAACAAUAUUUGGUUAAUCAGCUAUGAUUUAUUAAAGAUUCAAUAGGAUGUCUAUUGAAUAUAAAAGCGAGCAGAACAAAUAAAAACUUUCAAAUGAGAA